AUGAAGCCCUCCUCCUCUCGCACCAGCCUCCUCGCCACCUUCACCUUCACCUUCCUCAUCACCACCGUCUCCGCACAGGCCGGCUGCGUCUCUUCAGCCUCGGCCCUCGUGCCCGCGUGCGCGCAGUCCUGCCUGCUCUCGGCCAAGUCGUCCAUCGGGUGCACCGUCGAGACCGACUACGCGUGCGGCUGCUCGUCGUCGGCGGCGCUCGCCACCAACGCCGCGCUGACGCAGUGCGUGCUCAGCGCGUGCGACAACAACAUCGAGACGGCGCUGCAGGCCUCGUCGGGCGCCCAGUCCAUCUGCUCGUGCGUGGCCACCGCCGCCGCGGCCGCGCCGGCGCCGACGACGACGGAAGCGGCGGCGAGCAGCACACCCGAGGCGACGACUAGUAGCUCUGCGGCGGUGGGGAGCAGUGCGCCGGAGGCGUCGCCGUCGGCCAGCGCGCCUGAGGCUACGAGCUCCGCCGCCGCGCAACCCUCGACGCUCAGCACCGUCGCCUCGCCGCCCGGCACCGGCGGCUCGAGCGCUCCCCAAGGUGGUGCCAGCAGCGCGGCUUGUGCCAACCAGGUCACGGUUCUGAUGACGACGACAGUUACGACCACGGUUUCGGCUGGUGGUGGUGAGGCGGAGACGCCGGCGGCGACGACGACGCCGGGCGGUGAGGGCGGUGAAGGCGAUGCUGGUGGUGAGGAUGGCGCGAGUUGCAAGGAGUUGAGUGGGGUGGAUUAUUUGUGA